AUGUUUACAUUCACACCUCUACUUGGCGCACAGUCCUCAGCCUCGAAGGCUUCUCAGUCGAUUCUAGAGCUUGAUGGGGGAAUCAAGAUUCUUGUAGAUGUUGGCUGGGAUGACACCUUUGACCCUCUGGAUUUGCAGGAACUAGAAAAACAUAUUCCCACCCUCUCGUUGAUCCUUCUGACUCACGCUACCCCCGCGCAUAUUGGUGCCUUCGCGCAUUGCUGCAAAGUCUUCCCUCUUUUCACCCAAAUUCCCGUCUACGCCACGAGUCCUGUCAUCGCGCUUGGCCGCACACUUUUGCAAGAUUUGUACGCAUCAUCGCCGCUAGCCGCGACAUUUCUACCAAAAGCCUCAAUCUCGGAGCCGGGCGCGUCCACCUCUGCAGCAUCCGCCGCAGCAUCCGCUCCGGAACGCGAAGGAGCCACAGAUGCUAGCCACUCCGGGAGAAUCCUCCUCCAACCCCCUAACGCGGAGGAAAUUGCCAGAUAUUUUUCCUUGAUUCAUCCGUUAAAAUACUCGCAACCGCACCAGCCACUCCCUUCCCCCUUUUCCCCUCCAUUGAACGGCCUUACCCUCACGGCUUACAAUGCCGGACACACGGUUGGAGGAACAAUAUGGCAUAUACAGCAUGGCAUGGAAUCGAUAGUCUAUGCGGUCGAUUGGAACCAAGCCCGAGAGAGUGUCAUGGCAGGUGCCGCGUGGUUUGGAGGCUCAGGCGCUAGUGGAACAGAGGUCAUCGAGCAGUUGCGCAAACCUACCGCGCUAGUCUGCAGUACAAGAGGAGGCGACAAGUUUGCCCUUCCAGGAGGACGGAAGAAGAGGGAUGACCUACUGUUGGAUAUGAUUCGAAGCACUCUUGCCAAAGGAGGCACUGUUUUGAUUCCUACUGAUACCAGCGCUCGUGUCCUAGAACUGGCAUAUGCGCUGGAGCAUGCGUGGCGUGAUGCUGCCGGAACUGGACAGGAGGAUAAUGUGCUAAAAGAGGCUGGGCUGUACCUAGCAGGUAGAAAGGCUAACACCACUAUGAGAUUAGCUCGGAGUAUGUUAGAGUGGAUGGACGAGAAUAUUGUGCGAGAAUUCGAAGCCGCGGAGGGUGUAGAUGCGGCUACGAGCCAGUCUCGAACUAAUCCCGGUAGCCAACGCUCUGGCCAAAAUCAGGGCAAAGAUGAGAAGGGGACAGGCCCUUUUACUUUCAAGCACCUGAAGAUCAUUGAGCGGAAGAAGAGGCUAGAGAAGGUUCUGAACGACCAAGCGCCUAAAGUUAUCCUGGCUUCUGACACGUCACUGGACUGGGGUUUUGCAAAAGAAUCGCUUCGCCUGAUAGCGGGAGGUCAGAACAAUCUGCUCUUACUCACCGAGUCAUUUCAUAGAGAGAGGCUAGUCGACGGCCGGGAAGAACCCUAUAGGAAGACCCUUGGUGGUAUGAUUUGGGAAUGGUAUGAAGAAAGAAAGGAUGGCGUCGCUUUAGAGAAAGCUUCCGAUGGUGAGACGAUCGAGCAAGUCCAUAGUGGUGGUCGAGAGCUUUCCUGGUCAGACGUGCAACGUGCACCUCUAGAGCCUGGUGAACAACUACUCUAUCAACAAUAUCUCGCCACGAAAAGGCAACUACAAGAUACUUCCCAAGCAAGGGGCCAAGAAAAUCUAGAUACCGCAGCGGAUGCGCUUGACGAUCGAUCUAGCUCCACGUCCGAAGACUCCGAGACAGAGCAGCAGGGACGGGUCCUAAACUUCUCGGCUGCCCUGGCCCACUCCAAUCGCAACAAACUUGGUCUUAGCGACGAAGAUCUUGGUGUUAACAUCCUCUUACGGCGGAAGAAUGUUUUCGACUGGGACGUCCGUGGCAAGAAGGGCCGCGAACGGAUGUUUCCAUAUGUGGCACCAAAAAAGAAGGGAGACGAGUAUGGAGAGUUCAUCCGACCUGAAGAAUACCUACGAGCGGAAGAGCGCGAAGAGAUCGAUAUGCAGCAGCGCAGAACUGAUUCUCGGACUAAGCUUGGUCAGAAACGACGAUGGGACGAAACAGGGCCGGGCGGACGACGGCUGUCGGCCAGCGGAGCCAAACGCCAACAGGUUGCUGGAAGAAAGGAUGCCAGCAUCGCAGACGAUAUGAGCUUGACAGAGGAUGGAGAUGGUGCUGAUGCUGCCUUGGAAUCGGAAGACGAAGUCGACGGGCAGACGUUCGAGGGGCCAGCGAAAGCGGUCUAUCAGAAGGCUAACCUCACCAUCAAUGCUCGCCUUGCGUUUGUGGACUUCACAGGAUUGCACGAUAAGCGGAGCUUGGAGAUGCUGAUUCCCCUUAUCCAACCGCGAAAAUUGAUUCUCGUGGGUGGGAUGAAGGAGGAGACCACGGCACUGGCAACCGAAUGCAAGAAGCUCCUCGCUGCUAAGGCUGGAGUCGAUGUGUCCUCGGCGGAUUCUGCUGUGAUUUUCACCCCAGCCAAUGGGGAGGUUAUUGACGCUAGCGUCGAUACUAACGCGUGGAUGGUCAAAUUGAGUAAUAGCCUCGUCCGGCGCCUGAAAUGGCAGCAUGUCCGUAGUCUCGGCGUGGUGACGUUGACGGCGCAGUUAAGGGGACCAGAAUUGGAUCCCCCGGACUCAGCAGACUCCCCAAGUAAAAAGCAAAAACUAUUGCAAGAUGAGGUCAGCUCACAAGCUACCGCCCCCACCGUCGACGGGACGAAACCAACAGCAGAAAAAUCCGAUAUAUACCCAGUGCUCGAUAUUCUUCCGGUCAAUAUGGCAGCAGGAACAAGAUCCAUGACACGCCCUCUCCACGUAGGUGAUCUCCGUUUGGCAGACCUUCGCAAGCUCAUGCAGGGGGCCGGGCACACUGCCGAAUUUCGUGGUGAAGGAACGCUCCUCAUUGACCGCAUGGUUGCUGUCCGCAAAUCAGGCACAGGGAAAAUCGAAAUUGAAGCUUCGGCCCAAUCUGCGGCCGCUGUAGGACGUGGAGCCGGUAGCUUCCUUGACGUGAAGAGGAAGAUCUACGAAGGACUUGCUGUUGUUGCUGGGAAUUGGCUGUAA